AUGAACCGAAGGCCAGUUACUUUUGAAAACUCGGAUGAUAUUCGCUUGGAUCCUUAUUUCAAAAACCUUCCCUCUGCUACCUCUGAAAAGCAACGCUGUUCAAAUAACCAUCGCGAAGAUCCGGGUUCUAGCUCCAAUUCACGCAAUCGCGUGAAUGGACUAAGCAGUCGAGAAAGGCGCAAUAAAUUUCGAAGCAAAUCUAUCGAGUCGUCCCAUCAUACUUGUGAUUUGAAUUCUAAAUCUAAUACUAGUCCCUCUUCCCAAGCUAUCCAAGAAGACAUGGAUCAACCAGUUAAUGGUGGUGGUCAAUAUCGACACUUUCCCCCAGCUGACGAAGUGGGUGGAGACAGUUCAGAUAUGUUGAAUUCAUCAUCCAUUGGUGACGAUCACUUAUCCCGUAGGCGCCUUGUCAGCUCAAAUAACAUCAAUACUAACCCGACUUCCCGUGACUCGGAUAUUGACAAUGAGGCGCCUGAAAUUGACGAUGAUGAUGAUGACAAUGAAGUUGGCACUAAUGCUAAUGAUCUUUCAACAGUCUAUCAUAUGCGUCGCCAACAACGUCGUCAGCAGCAGCGUCUAAGACGUCGGGACACGUCUUCUGCCUCAGUUUGUGGAGACACAGCAUCAAGGAGACGUCAACCCAUCAGCCUCUCGCGCUCUUCUACUCGAAUCGGUCAGUCCUCCAUACCCCCGCCACCUUCAGAACCACCGCCUUCUCUACCACCCUGUGGCAUUGAUUUGAGUAGCCAGUACUCCAUGUAUCCCGUUCUUGGCGGUGGUGGAUUCAACCUUGUUGGUCAACAGCCAUCGGCCACACCGCCCACCAUGCUUCAAAUUGCCGGCCUGCCUGUGAAUUAUCUGCCUCCAGGUAAACAUUUAUUUUAA